AUGUCGACGGCAGAGCCCACGAUCUCGCGAAAGGAGAAGAAAGCGCUGCGCGACGCUGCGCGAGCCCAGUCGAAGGGCAAGAAGCGCAAGCACGGAGAAACAAUCGCCGACGAUGAAGCGCAACAACCAGAAAUCGCCAAGGACGACACCACCGACGAGACCGCAGUAGCAGCGCCCGCGAAGCAGUCCAAAAAGCGCAAGGCAGAUCAGGUCGAAGAUGCAGAUGCCACUACCGAAACAACACCUACCACAUCACAGCCCAAAAAGCGCAAAAAGAAGUCCACCACUGCGACAACAGGUGAAGACGGCGACGCCACAAACCCCACCAACUCCCGCUUCAUCGUCUUCGUCGGCAACCUCCCCUACAAAUCCACCGACGCCACCCUCCGCUCCCACUUCCAAUCCCUCGAACCCUUCACCCUCCGCCACCGCACCGACCCGCACACCAAGCGCUCCAAAGGCUGGGCCUUCCUGGAAUUCGAAAACUACGACCGAAUGAAGACCUGCCUGAAACUAUACCACCACUCCAUGCUCGACCCGGAGGCGAUCGAGAAAGGCGAGAAAGGCGACGGAGCGCUGAAGAGUCAGGAAGAAGUGUUUGGGAGCAAUAGUGGAGGCGUCGGGAGAGGGAGCAGGAAAAAGAAGGACACGGCUCGGAGGAUUAAUGUGGAGUUGACGAGUGGUGGGGGUGGGAAUACGGAAGGGAGGAAGGAGAAGAUCAAGGUGAAGAAUCAGAGGUUGCAGGAGCAGAGGGAGAGGAGGGCGGAGGCGGAGAGGAAGGAGAGGGAGAAGGAGGAGAAGAAGAAGAAGGCUGGUGGGGGUGGCAAGGAUAAGAAGGCGAAGCAGGAUCGGGGUGAAGAGCAGGCGGGUGCUGGAGCUGUGGAGGCUGAGGCGAGUCAUGGCAUACAUCCAAGUCGAUUGGCGCAGAUGGGAAGGUGA